AUGGCAGAGCCCAAGCCGGCGAGCAUGUUUAGCCUCAUCCAGCGCAUCAGCGGGGCCGGCGAUGGCAGCGGCAACGGUGACGGUCCGCACGAUGAUGACGAUGAUGACGACGAGGACGACGAAGACGAAGACGACGAGGACGACAAGCUGGCCUUUAUUGAGGAGAACCCGCCGCUGGCUGCGAUCCUCGACAAGUGGUGGCAGAGCUGCCUCACGCUGCUCGAUGGCGACCGCAACGGCACGAUCGAGCGCGACGAAUAUGUCAACUUGUACAAACGGCUCAUUUUCGGUACGUCGCGCAUGUACGGGAAGAAAGCCCAGCUGAGCGACGACAUUGAUGCGCUCAUCGAGGAAGACUGGCAGCGCGACAGUGGCGGAUUGAUCUCGAUGGACAAGCACCGGUUUUGCAUCUCCAUCUACGAGCUCGCCGAGGUGUGGGCGCGCGGCCAAAAGGUCAAGGCGUACGUCACCUAUCUCACAGAGCUCCACGAGUGGGUGUUUGUCAAGUUUGCCGACGACACUCCAAAGCCAGCCAAGAAGACACCGCGGUCAUCGACGAAACCAUCCAAGACGCCCAAGCCCAAGACGCCGCCACCGGCCAAGACACCGCCACCGGCCAAGACGCCGCCACCCGCCAAGACACCGCGUUCUUCGGGCACCAAACGGCCAAGCUCGAAACCAACACCUCAAGCCGACAUUCUCAUUCUCGCGUCGCCCGUCGUGGAGGAUCCGCCAACGGAUGUGCCUUCGGCUCCGGUGGUGGUCGUUGUCGCCGACCUGAUCGAGCCACCGACGAUUCCAAUGCCCGAGCCACAGCCGCCGACCGUCGACACGCCAAGCCUCGUGAAAGCCAGCAACUCGGUCGAAGCUCGCAUCGCACUCCAAGACCGCAUCGAGGCGUGCCAAACGCUCUUGCAGCCGCUCGCGCGCGUCUCGGAGAUCGCGUGGCUUCGCUGCACCGCGCGGGAGGCCGAGGGCGUCCUCUCCGACAGUUUGAUCACCGCACUAGAAAUCACCGAGCUCGGCGAACACGUCUGUGAAAAGCUCCGACGGGCUAUUCUGUCAGCCGAGACCGCCCAUAUCCAAGACCUCACCGCGUACGUGGACGACGCCGAGCGCGACGUGCACUUGUACAUAGCACUCGUGACCGAACUCGCCAAAGACGCGCCCCAAACAAAGUCGCCCGUGAAAAAGAAGAAGCAACUGCGGCCGCCCAAGCCCACACCGGUGCAUGGCCCGACGCACCACGAGCUGUGCUUUGGUGCGCACACCCCGUCGUUCGACUUGCCGUCGAUGCAGACGUACGCUUCACGCGUCGCCCCGUCGUACGCUGCAUACAAGUCGAAGUGCUGA